AUGCAGACGCUAAACAGCCCUUAUAUUCCACCUUUAGAAAACAACAAGACUCGCCCACCUCCACCAACAUCAUUUCCAAAACAAAAUCAUACCCCACACUCAGAACUUCCACCAUCAGACUCACGUUUUGAUCGAUCAAAGCUUUCUGAUAAUGAAUUUAUAGGACAAUUGUUAUUUGAAAACAAGGAGUUGAAAAGUGUGAUUGAAUCACAACUGAAGAUUAUUGCUGAACUACAACUGCAGUUGAAAAGUCAUAAUAUUUCCCCACAAGUGACUGAGGUGACGAAACAAAAUGGUGCUUCAGAAAAAGAGGAUGCUGUAAUCCGAAAAAAGGGAUCAUUUAGGGUACAGAAACCAGAAUACUCAUCAAUACCUAGCAUUCUUGAUACUUCUCGCCAAACAUCUACAGCUAAUAUUAACGACUUGCCCAUAUCGAAGCAUACGGAUAGUUUGAACAAUUUGCUGCUUGAACUGCGCGAUGAGGAUAAAUCAGUGGAUGCAGCAGACUCACUGGAGAAGCUACAAACAAGCUCCCCCUAUGAAGUACCUAUGAGAUCUUCUCGUAGAAGACACAUCAAGAACGACCUCGGUAGGGAAUUGGAAGACGCGAUAACGUCACCCACUAACGAUGCAUUCAGUUCUUCAGAGCGCCUGUUGUCGAAAGACAGACCGGACUCAGCAUUGCCCGACAAAGGUGAGGAAGCUGCAAAGGGACACGAAUCAGAAGAAACCUCUCUGGAAAGUAGCAAGAGUGUACAACCGAAUGAUAUGUCAAUCAAUGCUUCAGUAUUGGAACACACUGGUAAUACCACUAAUAUCGCAGAACCUGGCAGUGACAGCGGCAUUGUCAGUCAAAAUAUGAAACCAAGUGAUUCUGUAAAGUCCAACACUGAAACAAAUAAUGCCGCGUCAUCUCAAUUAUACACGCAAAACAACAAGCAAAGGAGAAGUACUAGUAGCGUUGCAUCUACAUACAAAUCAUCAAGAAUCAAACCACCUGGUUCUCAACGCGCAGUAUCGAGUUCAAAGAGUAGUGCCGAAUUAGUACCACCAGUAGUACCUUUGAAGCAGUCACUCAAUGACAAAAAUGACUCGCACGGUAAUCUUUCGUUAUACAAUACACCUCCUAAUAAUGGAAUACCUACAUUCGCGGGAAAAGAGAGCCCAUUAACACCCGAUUUGGAUAAUGAAAGUAAGACGGAAUCGUUUUCUUCUGCCAAAUUGAGGAUUGAAGACGAUGAUCUUCCUUCGAGACCCGAUUUAUUUCUCUCUUCAUCUAAUACUGUGCUGAGUCAAGAAUUAGCAGCUCCCUAUGACGCGUCACAGCAGCAGAACCACACCAGACCAGCUUAUCAAACACCAACUUCAUCAGCGCACAAUGUACAUCUUUUGAGUCCACAAACUCCCGGGUCUAGCUUUAGUGUUUUGCACACACCAAAGAUGGAGAUGGAUGAGUCAGCAUUGUUCAUCAAGCCUGAAGAAUUCCACACUAUAUUCAUCAAGGUUGUCAGCACUAUUAACGUUACGUCAUCGACUCUGCAGAAUUCUGCAAAGAAGGCAGAGGAACCUAAAGUCACAAUGACUAUUAAUGAUCGGGAGACUAAUAAGGAAAUGUGGCGGAUUCGAAAGACUCAUGCUCAAUUGACAGCAUUUGAUUAUGAAAUAAGACCUAUUGUGGAGUAUUUUGGUCUCGCCAAUUUACCCGACAAGUCGAGUUUCUUGUCAACCACACCAAGCAAGAUUGAACAUAGAAGGUCCAUAUUGCAAAAGUAUUUCAACUCCAUAUUUGUUAUGCCUCAUAUUCCACGUUUGGUUCUAUACAAGAUUUGUACAUUUUUGUCCUUGGAUUUUGUGAAUCCACUUGAUGACUUUAAAAGUGGAUCAAGAAAAGAGGGCUUUUUGGUACGUAGGUAUAAAGGUUUGGGCAACAGUUGGAAAAUAAGGUGGUGCCAAAUUGAGAAUCAUUAUCUUGAAAUUUAUCCAUUCCCUGGUGGUCCAAUUCAAGAAUCUAUAUCAUUGCGGAAUGCACAAAUAGGAAGGCAAGCAACAGACUCUGUGGCCGAAGAUAAGGGAUACAGACAUGCAUUUUUGAUUAUGGAGUCAGCAAAGGCAUCCAAAUUACAUUCUACUACAAACAAGCACUUUUUCUGUGCUGAAACGGAUGAAGAAAGAGAUGACUGGGUCACUGCAUUGAUUGAGUUUACUGAACCCGCACUGGAGUCAACUGAAUCAUCUCCUCGCAACACAUACAUCAGUCAAGACACCCCCACAGAUCUUGAUAAGAAAUUUCUGUAUGAUAGUUACAACCAAAGCAAUGAUUCAGCAUUUGGUAAUCGUUACACCGGGGUUGAUCAAAGCAACACCACUAUUGCGUCUGUUUCCAGUGAAGACCAGGCCAAAAGGUCGAAACUUCGAAACUAUUUCUCUUUUAGGAGUAAAGAUUCCUCGAAUGAUGACCAACAACAAUCGCUAGAACAUCAACAGCAAUCGCACGAGCCAGAACCUCAAUUACAAUCACUACCUUAUUCACAGUACGGACCCCCACAACAAGCCAACUAUGCCCCUCAACCAACCAAUGGAUACUACGCACCUUCACAUCCACCUAUGCCUAACCAAAACUCAAACAACUCUAUGCAACAAUACCUUGACGAUUUGAACAUUGGCAAUGACGUUACCAAAUCAAUAUUUGGUCGUGAUAUUCAAGAGGCGUAUGACCUAUCUUGUCAUGAAUAUAUGGGUCGCGAAAUACCUAGUAUUUGUUAUCGUUGCCUAGAUUAUUUGAACAAGACAGGUGCAGUUUUUGAAGAAGGUAUAUUCCGAUUAAGUGGCUCUGCCUCUACUAUUCGACAAUUGAAGGAUAUUUUCAAUACUCAAUAUGAUUUGGAUUUGUUUCAAACUCCAUUGAAGCCGGACAUUAAUACAGUUUCUGGAUUAUUCAAGACUUAUUUGCGAGAGUUACCCAAUCCUAUACUUGGUGCACCCACUUAUAAUCAUUUGAACCACAUCAUGCUCAAUAAUGCUCAAUCGUUACCACCAUCACAACUUGCACUAAUCUUCCGCGAUUUCCUUAAUGAUUCAAAUAAUAUUGACAAGAUUAAUUAUGAUUUAUCUUAUAUAAUUUUCAAGUUCCUUAGGCAAAUUGUUUCCCAGAAUCAAAUCAAUCGAAUGAAUUUAAGAAAUGUGUGCAUUGUGUUUGUUCCAACGUUGAAUAUUAGUCUUGAAGUGUUGAGCACAAUAUUGAUUGAUUUUGAAUGUAUUUUUGAAAAUGGUAAACCUAUCUCGGAUUCAAAUCGAGAGGUGUUGGAUUUACAUAUACCAAACUUUUGA